AUGGACUCGCGACCCAGAGAGGAGCGGGACUUUUCCGAAUUCUACGAUAACCUCAAUGACACGACUCAGCUCGAUGCGCUUGUGGCCCGGGUGUGGAACUCCGCAAAAAUCAGCAAGGCCCUAGUGACAUACGGUUAUAGGCCCCCUACGAAACAAAGGUUCAGAAACAACUUCUGCUAUGCGAGGUUUCAACAGACUCUCCCGUCGCAUCUACUUCUGGUUUAUGACAUGGAUGAGCAGGACACACUAUACUUGGACUGGAUGAACCAGCGGCAAGAAAAGCUCAAGAUCAGCCCGGAAAUUUUCGAGAUUGCAAUGAGUAUUUUGGAGUCUGAGUGGCAUAAGUUGGAGAUGCGCAUGGUUGCACUGGUAGGCCCGGGGCAUGAGGGCCGGGACGACUUAAAAAUGGACGCGAAUUUCGAAAAGUACGGGAGUGAUGAUGGAACAGGUGGUGUGGGCUCUCUAUCCGAGCAGAGAUGCGCUGUUUGUAACGAUCUGGAGUGCGACAACACGAAUUCCAUUGUUUACUGCGAUGGAUGUAACAUUGCUGUUCAUCAGGAAUGUUAUGGCGUUGCGUUUAUUCCUGAGGGCCAGUGGUUCUGCCGAAGCUGUAUGGUCAACCGAGGGUCCUCGGUUUCUUGUGCGUUUUGUCCUAGUAAAACCGGGGCCUUUAAACAGCUUGACAAUGGCAUGUGGAGCCACGUGGUGUGCGCCUUGUGGAUACGCGAGGUCUACUUUGCCAAUCCUGUAUACCUAGAGCCCAUUGAAGGCGUUGCCUCGAUCCCGAGAAGCAGGUGGACUUUAGUGUGCUACAUAUGCAAACAAAAGACCGGUGCUUGCAUUCAAUGCGUCCAUAGGAAAUGCACCCAAGCUUAUCAUGUCACCUGUGCCAAAAGAUCAGGUCUUCAUAUGGUGAUGGACAACGGUAUUCUGGGUGCGAUAGCGUCCAACGACACACUCAAGUCCUAUUGUGACAGACACUCGCCCAGCUUCAUUGAUCAAGAAAUAGCGCUCACGGGAAUUCUUCGAACACGCCUGUUUUACAAAGACGCGCACUACUUGAGCCGAAAGAACGACAAACUAGCCCUCGAGAGGAGGCAAGCGAAUAGAAUAAAUCGUUUCAAGUGGAGAACAGAAAACGGAACUCCAAUAGCCCCGCAAAUCUUUGUGGAAGUGCUUGUUAAUGCUAUGAAAUCAUUGAAGGUGGGUGAAAAUGGCCCUGACAGAAUGCUCCGAGGGUUAGUUUCCAAGACAGACACGACGAAAGACCAAGAAGGAGAGAUCAAGGCCGUGAGCGCUGCAUUAUGCCGAUACUGGUGUUUGAAAAGGGAGGCAAAAAAGGGUGCUCCUUUGGUAAGGGUGCGGGCCUCAGAUCAAGAUAUUUUGGAGCCUGACACUGGAGAUCCAGGCCUGGACUGUGCAGAGAGAGAAGAGCAAGAAACGCAAAUGCCCGAGAAGAUAGCAUUCGGCUAUAGUCUCGAUAGAGACUUGCAAAAGUUGGUACAGUUGAACUCGUUAGUGGUGGAGAGACAAAAGUUGAUUUCUGCUAGCGACGAGGAAACAUUCAAAAUGACCGACACUGCAUUCUUCGCUUUCAGAACAGUUGGAUUGCAUGUGAUCCAACAAAUGACUCAAAUUCUUCAGAAAAAUCCUGAGCUUGAGAGGGAUCUGGCAAUUGCGAAGGAUUGGGCAUUUGAACAAAUUGUAAUUGACAUCUCUAACGGCAAACUUUGGUCUGCGCUGGAAGUAGACCAGAGGAUUUGCCUGACCCUCGGUGAGCGAAGUUAUACAUAUACACCGGGAAGUUUAACCAAAGCUAUGCGGUACUGGCACCACACAGGCUUGCAGGAAUUGAUUACUGUGGAGAAAAGUGUGUCUGAACCCAUUCCUUUUGCGGAAAUAGACGGUAUUGAAUAUUCACUCAAACGAUACUUCCCAAAAGCCGCUCUCGAAGCUGAGGACUUGAGUGAAGUUGAAGAUGAUCCUUUCAUGCAACCUGCCAAUCGAGAGAUUUUGAAGAGGCUUGUGACAAAAUGACCGUCCUACAGCAAAUCGAGACAGAGUGUGAGGAUAGCAAUAUACCUGAAUGACAAACGUGUGAAUUGUUUUUAGCACGAGAAUUAAUCCGAUUGCGACCGGUUCACGUCGCGGCUAUUAUUAGAAGCAUUAUCGCGGUAUCACAAGCCGUUGCAAGCCACAGCCAAGAUGUGGUAACACAUUAAUGCACUCACUAAGCAUCAUUGGGUCUCGGGAAUAACAUCGGUUGCUAAUUAUGAGCCCCGUUGUUCUCUGACCGCCUUUCAAAGCCUCGCCUCUUUAUCAUCGUCAAGUUGUACCGAAUUGGGGAUGUGCGCGUAGAACUCAUGCCAAAUUUUCGUAUGUAAACUGCAUAUACAUAUCUUCUCAUAAUAUAAUGCAGGUUAGCUGAUGACGGCUUUAACAAAUCCGGCGAAAGACGGGUGGAAAAGCUACAGUCCGCAGACUUGAGAAUUCAGGAA